AUGGAAUCCAUCACAGCCCCAACAUCAACAGACCACCCCCUCAACCAAGACCGCAAGAAGGGAGGCGACCGCGCCACAGCCCGGCGGCAGUUCUUCCCCCGCGCGUCCGGCCUGCCCCGCGGCAAGGUGAGGACAGCCGGCGCCUCAGAGCACGCCAGCAAGACAAACGUCGGGGACAUAGGCCGCAAGGUCAAGAAUAUUAUUUGA